AUGCACUUCGGUGACCAAUAUCAGAGACAAGGAGCUGAACGACAGUUCCCAACAGUUCUCCGUCGCGCCGCUGCCCGCAGCUUCGUCUCCUCGCCCCUCAAGGCUCGCACAAUUGUCACCAAGACACCCACUGGACUCCGUCAAUCACAAAAAUGGCAGGUGCCUGUCUUCCAAAGGCGAUUCGCCAGCGAGGAAGCAUCGCCCGCUCAGGAGAAGACCACUGGCGAGACUGUCCCCACUGAGCCCACCGAGACUGAGCAGGCCAUGAAGGAAGAGGCUAUCACAUCUGAAGCACAGGCAGAGCAGGAGCCCAAUGUGGUGGAGAAGUCUGUCCCCGCAGCAGCCGACGCUUCUGAGCAACCCUCAGUCGUUGAGCAGGUCAAGGAGAAGGUUCAGGAUGCUGCAUCAAAUGUCACCGAUGCAGCCGUGUCCCUGCUCGGCAACAGUGCUCGUGGUGCCGCCGCCGGAACACACCGUGAUCCCAAGCCCAGCAGAAUUCUCUACAUCGGCAACCUCUUCUUCGAAGUCAAGAGCCAGGAUCUUGAGCGCGAGUUCGCCAGCUAUGGUGAAAUUGUCAAUGCUCGCGUGGCCGAGGAUGCUCGCGGCCUGAGCAGAGGGUAUUUCAAGACUCUCCAGGAUGCAGAGAAGGCACAGAAGGAGAUGAACCAGAAGUCUCUGGCCGGCCGCAACAUGGCAGUGCAGUUCCACCUCCGCCGCGACCCCCACAACCCUAUGAACAAGUCAUCGAAGGUCCAGGCCAACAAGCCUAGCAAGACUCUCUUCAUCGGAAACAUGUCGUUCCAGAUGACCGACAAAGACCUCAACGACCUGUUCCGCAACAUCACCAACAUCUUGGACGUCAGAGUCGCUGUCGACCGUCGCUCAGGUCAGCCAAGAGGCUUCUGCCACGCCGACUUCAUUGAUAUUCCCAGCGCACAAGCGGCCAAGGAAAUCCUCGAGAACAAGGAGAUCUUCGGUAGACAGUUGCGUGUCGACUUCAGCCGCUCGGCCAACUCUGCGCCCAGAAGAGAGAGCAGAGAGGACUAG